CUUCGAUCUGAUGCUGCUGCACUUUCAAAACAUGCUCCGUAGCGACUACACUCUGCUGGAAGUGGCGAUCAACUUGCAACAAGGCGAAGACGUCCUCGGCCACUUGGUCGAACAUGUCGACGUCAAUCUGUACUCCAAUGGACAAACCCUCCUGCAUCAAGCCAUCGCUGUCGACAACGUGGCCGCAGCGACUCUCCUGCUCCGUUGCGGCGCAGACAUCCAUUGCGAUGACGAGCGCAACGCCACCCCACUCCACCUCGCCAAGUCUGACGACGCUGUCUCGCUUCUUCUUCAACGUGGUGCAUGUGUGAAGCGGCAGCGAUAUGACGGCGCCACCCCUUUGCACAUGUGUGAUUUGCCGACAAUAGCGCACCUCCUCGUUGCACAUGGCGCGAAUGUGCAUGCGAGGACAUUUGGCGGUGACACACCGUUGCAUGGUUGCAAACUGGCGCAGAAAGUGAAGUGCCUAGUGGACGACGGCGGCGCAGACGUGGAAGCGGCCAAUGCCAACAAGCACACGCCAUUGCAUGUGGCGUGUAGCUUUGGUCGCUGGCAGGUCGCCGUGGCUCUCCUCGAGCGCAAUGCGUCGCUCAACUCGUUAGACUACAGCGGACGAACUCCACGAGAUGUCGUCAAAGCCGUCAGGUCCAUCUUUGUGCAGUUGGACACGAGCGACAGGUUGGAUCUCGAUCGGACUCUGGCAACGCUGGACGUUUGGGCUGCUGGGCGACAACGUGGCCACGACAACAAGGUCAUUUACGACCAGCUGGUGUGGCAUUCACUGCGCCCUGUUUGUCGAGGUGUGAAGAAUGCGCUGAUGGAUGCCUUGGCCUUGCCUUUCGAUAUUGUGAACCUCAUUGUGGUGCAGUGGGUGGGGCCGUGGGCUGUGACCGUAGCGUGAGCUAGUGAGAGGAAUAUGUUGGAUGAUCGUUGUGCUACCAAGAGUGGAAUGUCGUAGAGCGGCGGCUGACAUAAAAUAAGAGAAUUACAGCCCUAAAUCUGUCAACGUGUGCCUCUUAGACAUCUUCGUCGUUGGCCCCUUCCUCGCCCGUGAACGAGCUCGAGAAUUUGACGAUGGUGCGACCGAUGGCCCCAAUCCACUCUUCCUUCUGCUUUUCGCUCUCGGCAUGCAUGUAGUACGUGGCCUCAGGCGUCGCCACCUCGAAGCAAUACCGCUUGUUGGUCUUUUCUUCGGCCGAUUUCACAGUGAGGCACUCCGAGAGGUCGAUCACGCCGUGAGGACUCUCUCCUUUAACGCGACAGAAGUAUAACUUGUUUCCCUUCAGCACAAAGUAUCUCGUACGCCACUCCUUCAACCAUACGCUGCGCUUCGUGAGUUCCCCUUCGAAGUCCGGGUUCGAUAGGUCGAAUGUGGUGUCCAUCGUGAACGUCGAUGGAAAAAAUGGCAGUCAUCGAAUCAUGCUCGUAUCCGGAUA